UUUUUACAUUCAGAAUCUAUAAGAUCGUGAAUGUUAUUAGAAAAAUGUUGAAUAACGGAUUGUGAUUUAUUCCGUAUUGAAUUAUUUUUAGCCUUAGGCUUGUUGCCUUUCCGGUUGGACGCAGGCAUUUUUGAAAUUAAUGAAAUUUUAAAUUAAAUUAACUAGGCUAAAUUAGUCUUCGAUUAGACUCCUAGCUAGCCUUAAAAAAGGCUGAUUAAUUUCUUAGUCACUCUAAUAUCACUCUUUGUAUCACUUAGUCACUCUAAUAUCACUCUUUGUAUCACUUAGUUAGUGAUUCAGGUAGCCUUGAAAAAGACUGAAGCCUUGAAUCAAUGAAACUCUAGGUAGCCAGAAAAAAAUUCCAGGAGCCAAGAGCUAUACGCGUGCGGUGCGAACGACUGUUCAACACCGACUGAUACGCUAAUUAUUCAUUUUUCAAUUUGGUCUUCGAACUUGAUCAAUAAUCCAAUAGAAACUUUCAAAUUAACCUAAGCUUGUUGAAAUCGACACAGCCAUCUUCGGGAAAGUUGAGCGGUUAGAAAAAUCACACAUACACAGACAUUUUCCGGUCUCGUCGAGCUGAGUCGAAUGAUAUAUAAUACUUCGGGGUCUUCGGAGCUCCAAUAAAAAGUUAUGACCUUUCUAAAGACAAAAAUACAUGAACCUGUCAUACGGAAUGUGAAGAAGCACGCGCUAGCGGAUACCACGAUUAGUACUGUUCACACACGCAAUUUUUGACAGGGAUUCUGCAGAUAAAAAAGAUCGUUCCACUGAAUGCCGCACAUUCUGGCUUUGUAUUAAAAACAUGAACGCGAGUGCUCUUCAGAAGCGUGUUUGGCCAUGACGAUGAGGAGUCGGGUGGGCUUUUAGCUUCGAUUGGCAACUGUUUAAAAAAUCUGAAUUCAUCACACACACCACACAUCCGAAAACAGAAUGAGGCAAUGAAAUGAAGCCGAAACAAGUGCAUCAAAGCAACCUUGGAAUGCUCAAUGAAAGUCGAAUUCUGGUUUUUUUUUGGUCUUGGAAAGUUACUUUUCACCAUGUCUAGUAGGUCUCGUUUGGGCACCUCAAUAAAAUCAAAUCUUUCGAAGCUUCCAUGAUUUGGAUGAACGGUAGAAUUUAUCAGGUGCACAGCUUUGCUUCCGCCGUUUUCCGAUAGGUGGCUGUACCGGCCGAGGCUGGUCAAAAUACAUAGAUGAUAAUGCCUUUAAAGUGAGUGUGUACAGUGCCUAACGAAUUGUCAUCGCCGUUUCAGUGACAGUUGUUCUUGUUUUCGUAUUAUUCACGCUCGAAAAUGUCUGUUUAUGUGCCCAAUUCUCGCCAUUUGCGGGAAGUUGUACUUUUCUGUUACAAUUCGAAAUAAAAUGCAGCUGAAGCGCAUCGAAUGCUCUCAGAAACUUACGGUGAUGCUGCUCUGAGUAAAAGAACGUGUCGGGAGUGGUUUAAACGUUUUAAAAAUGGUGAUUUCGAUAUCGAAGACAAACAUGGUGGUGGAAGAGAAAAACCUUCAAAGAUGAACGACUAGAAACCUUGCUUGAUGAAGACUCGUGCCAAACCCAAGAAGAGCUUGCCGAAUCGUUGUUAGUGAGUCAGCAAGCUAUUUCAAAACGUCUCAAGGCUCUGGGCAUGAUUCAGAAAGAAGGAAAGUGGGUGCUGUACGAGUUGAAACCGAGUGACAUCGAGCGCCGUCUAUUUGUAUGUGAGCAACUGCUUCAAAGACAAAAUCGUAAGGGGUUUUUACAUCGGAUCGUAACCGGUGAUGAAAAGUGGGUUGGAUACGAUAAUGUUAAAUGAAGCAAAUCAUGGGGAAAGCCCGGGCAUACUACUUCGUCGAAGGCAAAACCGAAUAUUCACGGCGCCAAGGUCAUGAUUUGUAUUUGGUGGGAUCAGCUCGGUGUGAUUUACUACGAGCUCUUCAAACCGGGUGAAACCAUCACAGGAGCACAUUGCUUCAUGGAUAGCGUCAAAAGAGGACUCCUUUUUUUCGAACCGGGAUCCGAAAAUUCCCGGAAAGAUGGAAGAAAGUUGUCACUAACGACGGACAAUACUUUGAAUGUAUAUCUGUAAGCACUUUUUCGCAAUAAAGCUUUUACUUUUGGAAAAAAACGGCUUAAGCAAAGUUGUACACCUGAUAGAAAAAUGUGCUAUAUGUUAAUUAUUUCAGUUUCUAGCGUCAGUGUUGUUUUUCGUUGCAGCAGACGUCAUUUGUUAUACAAUUGGUUUCAUUUGAUGUCUUUCAGGGGUUUUGAUACUUCAAGGGUACCGGUUCGUCCUAAUGCUACCUCACGGUUCAACAUAAACCACUAAGCAGACGUAAGCUGUUUGCAGCUUACUUAUUUUGCAUUUAGUUGCAAUGCUAUUACAUAACCGAAUUUUAAUCUAGCUAACGGGCUACGAGAAUAAAAUUAAGGCACAGAUUUUCAAAUUUCCUACCACUCAGUAAGGUCUGACUUCAGCAAAGUCCGGAAAUUCCAACAGUCUGCAAAUUAUAAUAUCCAUUACAACGUCGACGUAGUGAUAUAAAUUAUGGUCCGACAAGGAUUCACUGCAGUUCACAACCCUAGUGAAUUUCUAGUACACCGGGACGAUAAAAAGUGCACAUGAUAUGGGUAAUUUCCUUUUUUGACUUAUAACGAUGACGAGUUGUAAUUUAUUGAACCCAAAUAUCAAUCUAUAGCCAUGACUACAUAUAAAUGAAAAACACCUGAAAUCUGCGGCCGACGAGUAUGAUAUUGAAUGAUGUACUGAAACGCACGUCGUACGUUAUUUUUGGUAAUCAGAAGGCAUGUCCUGGUAUGUGGCAAAUGUUUCUUAAUACUGACUUAAGUCAUAUUUUCGACACAAUCGUAUCGUGGCCUUUACCCGUUUACGCACAGGUGAACUUUUUGACAUGUUUGUUUGGUGUUCGAAGCUUUCGUUAGCCCGACAAUAUCUGCACUCUUCCUAUCUGGGUGGGCUUGAGGCUUUCUUUAUCCACAAAAGCAGCUGAUUCAUUCCGUAGCUCAUACGCAGUUAGUUAGUGGUAGAAGAUCGGUGACCCGUCGAAGUGUUCGUCACUGGUUUAAAUGGAAAAGAUUGCACAAGUAAUGCUCAGUAGUCUUAAAACAAUUUCAAAUAAAAACGGUUACUUUUGAUAUUUCAGUGGUAGCCUACUAUAGUAAUGUAUUGUUUGAAAUGUGCCGAUUUCUUUGUUACUUAGUGUAGGAAUAUGACAAAGAGUCGACUAAAGUGCUUAAUCAUUUGUACGUAUUUGGAAGAUGAUAAUUCAUUAGGUACAUAUUUUACCAACAUCCUAGAACCGGAACUAAAUAUUCGGAAGUAACAAAAUAUUAAAUAACGUAAAACAACGCGUGUGAACCAGCAGAUAAGAGUUCGGUGCCUGAGCCAGUGGCCAUGGAAACCGCAGCGGAUUUUAUUACCCAUUUGGACGGUAGCAGUGGGAGUGGAGCCCAAGCGAAGGAAGAGCUGGGCGACAUGACGUUUUUCAUGUCGAACUAUGCCAAAGAAGUACUCAAAAUGAUGUUCAUGAUGCGUUCCCACCACAUGUUGACCGACGUGACACUCGAAGUAGAACAGGAAACAUUCCAAGCUCACAAGGUCGUCCUCUCGGCAGCGAGUCCCUACUUCAAGGCCAUGUUUACCGGAGGACUGAAAGAGUGCGAGAUGUCUCGGGUACGACUUCAAGGGGUAUGCCCAACGGCGAUGGCCCGAAUCUUGUUUUUCAUGUACACUGGCCACAUUCGAGUGACAGAGGUAACGGUUUGUCAAUUAUUACCAGCUGCUACCAUGUUCCAAGUGCCGGACGUAGUUGAAGCAUGCUGUGCCUUCCUGGAGCGCCAGCUUGAUCCAACAAACGCGAUAGGAAUUGCCAGUUUUGCUGAGCAACACGGCUGUGAAACACUCCAUCAAAAGGCAAAUCAAUUUAUCGAACGUAAUUUCACGAAAAUCUGUCAAGAAGAAGAAUUCCUACAACUAUCUGCGUUCCAACUAAUUUGCCUGAUACGAAAAGACGAACUGAAUGUGCAAGGUGAACGAGACGUGUACGAUGCCGUGUUGAAGUGGGUUAAGUUUGACGAGGAUAAUCGCUAUCCUAAGAUGGAAAAGAUUCUUUACGCAGUACGCUGUCAACUGCUUACGCCAAACUUCCUGAAAGAGCAGAUGAAAAACUGCGAUGUUUUGCGAAAGGCACCAGCAUGUCGCCAAUAUUUGGCCAAAAUCUUCGAAGAUCUCACGCUGCACAAGCGACCGGCAGUCAAAGAGCGGAAGCCAAACACUACGCGAAUGAUCUUCGUUGCCGGUGGCUAUUUUAAACAUUCCCUGGAUAUGCUCGAAAGUUACAACGUGGAUGAUAAGGUAUGGAUCACGCUACCGAAAUUGACGGUACCUCGAUCCGGGCUAGGAGCAGCAUUUUUGAAGGGUACAUUCUACGCCGUCGGUGGACGGAACAACGCACCCGGGUCUUCGUACGAUUCCGAUUGGGUUGAUCGAUACAAUCCGAUAUCCGAAACGUGGCGGCCUUGUUCACCGAUGUCAGUGCCCCGCAAUCGAGUAGGUGUUUCGGUGAUGGAUGAGCUGCUGUAUGCUGUCGGUGGCUCAGCCGGAACGGAAUAUCACAACACGGUCGAAUACUACGAUCCAGAGCUUGACCGAUGGACACUGGUUCAACCGAUGCACUCAAAACGACUUGGAGUAGGAGUAGCGGUUAUAAACCGACUUCUAUAUGCGAUUGGCGGUUUUGAUGGACGUGAACGGUUGGCGUCAGUCGAAUGCUAUCAUCCCGAGAACAACGAAUGGUCAAUGGUACCAUCUAUGAAAUAUGAGCGAUCUGGUGCCGGGGUAGCAGCUCUGCAACAGUACAUUUAUGUAGUUGGUGGUUUCGAUGGUACGCGGCAGUUGGAUUCGGUCGAAAGAUACGACACCGAGUUGCAAACCUGGGAGUUAGUUGCACCUAUCAAAAUUGCCAGAAGUGCCUUAUCGUUGACGGUUUUGGAUGGCAAACUUUACGCUAUGGGUGGAUAUGACGGGCAAAACUUUUUGGCCUAUGUAGAGGUGUAUGAUCCGGUUAAAAAUGAAUGGGAAGAAGGAACACCCCUUACUUCCGGUAGAAGCGGACAUGCGUCGGCAGUAAUUUAUACACCAUCGUGCAUAUCAAGCUGCAUGGAAAACUUGAACAUAUGUGAAGAGGCAAAGGGUAGCGGGGGCGAACGAGGUGGCAGUGGGGAUGAUUGUUACUUCCAACCCCGUGGUGAUUCGUGGAUGGAUUGUGCACCAUCGUCUUCCAGGGGAGACAAUUGUGGUGAUUCGGGAGGUAGUGGUUACCGGAAUCAUUACGCCAAUGAGAUGAUCUCACCUAUGGAUGUUAAUAACGGUCCGGCAGAUCAUCAGAAUGCUCAACCAGAAACCUAUCCAGUCAUUGAUCGCAACAAAUCAAACAGUUCGUGCACGGGUAGUGAAAAAUUCAUCGAUAGUGGGAAUGAAUUCGAUAUGGAAACUGAUACUAGUCAAGUGGAAGAAAGUGGGUGUGAGUCCAACGUUAUUAUUCCCAUACAGGCAGCACAACCAUCCUCUUCCGUGUCGAGACCUUGUCGCCUAAAGAAAUUGUGUUCUCAAAGCAAAGCUAUUCUUGGAUCAUCGAGCUCGUCCUGCUCAAAAGAAAUCAGCAAUUCUAGCAAACCAGAUUCGAACUGCAAAAUCAAACGAAAAGCUUCUAAUUGUUGGAAUGAAGAUACCUGCCCUCUCAUUCGUUUGAAGAAACAAAUUACUUGCUUCGUAUCAUCAAUUGUCUAUCCAUCUACGUCAGGACAUUGUCCAGGGAGCAGUAAUGAGACGAAUGUACUUUCCAACGUAGAAUCUACUGCUGGUCUUUCCGAUGAUUCACAUGAAGCAGAAAAGCAUUUAAAAUCAUACGAACAGCACUCUAGUGACAGUUCAGAGCAUGAACCUAGUUAGCAAACCCCCUUUUCAAUUGUACACUUUGUUCAAAUUAGAUGGUUCAAGAUCGCGGCAAACGAUUUUUGGAAAGGGAAUAUCAAGUUAUCCAAAUACGCGUCUUUUAGUUACGCUGUACCUUCUCAUGUCCCAAUAUUGAGGUUUAUUCGUGCUUGCAGUAUCUCUAACUGUUUGAAGUCGUCGAUGUUUCGCGGAGAGAUGGGUCUAAUUUCAUUAGCAAUUUGGUACAAAAUUUACAGAAGUUUUGUUAUCAUAACGGCCAUUUAGCAUAAUGGUUAUUUGGUAGGGUUUCGUCAUUUGGCGUAGUAAAUAUUGAAAAGAAACCCGAAUACUCGUUCAAAAUAGGAAUUGAAUGUUUUUUAAAACGAGCGGGUUUUUUCGCUGAAAGUCAUUUUUUAGAUUUCGUCGGAAGCGGCGAUCACUGGCAAGCAAAACUGAAAUUCCCUCGUUUGUCCGACCUACUCAACGCGAGUUUCUUUGCGUUAGGUAAAUCCGAAUACCCGAAUAUUAUUUACAACGAAAACUUGAUUUCAUUGCGAGGACACGAGACGUAAUCCGAGUCACCCGAUGACCAGUCGAAAACGGUGCUCUCUUGCAUACGAACAUGCAACCGCCUCGUUCGUCCGAUUUGUCCGAGGCUAUUUGCAUUGCCUUAGUUGGAUCCAAACGAACCGCAGUACACGAAUCAGAACGAUACGGCGAAACCGUAUUAGUCGAUUUCCACCCGCCUAACCGAUACGCACCAAAAAAUCUCGCUUUUGUUCCAACAGACAAGGGAUCUUCAUUUAUAGUUUCUUUGACUUAGUUAGAUCUGAACGAACGGUAGCGAGUUCGGAUAUCACAAAUUCACCCGAGAUACGAUUCGAUGAAAUUUAUUUUUCAGCGAAAUGACCAUUUCGGCGAAACGACCACUUCGGCGAAACGACCCCUUCGGCGAAAUAUCCCCUUCUGCGAAAUGACCCUAAUCUGUUGUUUGGUACGAUUGUCAUUUGGCAAAAUAAUUAUUGAAAAAUACUCGUUCAAAAACAGAAUUCGAUGUAUUUUAAAAUCUUAUAGCAUAAUAUUUGGAAUCAUUUGGUAACAUAUCAUUUUGCCAAAAAGUGUUCUUCUUCCGAACCCUGGGUCUGAAUGUUCUCCUAAUCCGAGAGGUGAAUAACCAUAAGAAUUAAACCUCUAUGAUGAAAAAGUACGGGUGUGUAAUGUCAGAGACAUAACUAGAUGUCGUGAAUACGAAUAAAACUGACACUCUUUCUUCGUACUUUCGAAUAUCAAUUAGUUGAUCGAUUGUGUGCAUUGUGCAAGCUUUCCUCUUGUUCACUACUAGAAUUUGAAACGAUACUGCUGAACUAAAGUACAGAUUAGUUACAUUAAACAUUCUGACACACAAUUAAAUAUUACGAAAUAACCAGUAUAGUUCUUUAUGAUAAAAUAAUGGUGGUUCUGAAAGAAACCUUUCAUUAAUGGCUUCUAAGUCGGUGCUAUGCAUUUUAUAUAGCAAAUCAGCAGAAAGUUCUACUACAAACUACAAGUGGUAUCAAAAUGGGCCGUAUACAGUAUAGUGAAGAAAAUUUCGUAUAAUUCUUUGGGUAUACAAUUAUUGUUCUAAAUAGAACUAUACAGAAUUUUGGUGUCAAUCAUUUCGUUUCGGAUUUAAAUAUUUCAGUGAAAAAAGUUAUCAAAAUGCCGUACGAGAUAAAUUUGUGGCAUUCAGAAGGGCCAAAUUGUGUAAUUCUCUAAGAUAUUAAACACUGUUGCGAAUUUUGCACUGCGAAAAUCAAAUUAUCUUGAAAACUGGCUCUGUGACCUGAGCGUUUAAGGCUUUACACCACGCAGAAGGUCUACUUUCAUUGCCGACUGCUCCUGCUGACGACCGAAGUCCAAAUGAGACUUUCACGCUUUAUACUUCGUUUGUUCUUACUGAUGUUGGUGGGAGAACCUCACCUCGACAUCCAGUUUCGUCUGCAGCAAUGAAAUGAACAGUUUUUAUUCAAAAAUUCCCCUUUCUAUUUGUUCAGUAGAUUCUGAUAUGUGCCUGACUACCUCAAAACCGUCGACCGCGAAAAAGGCAAGCAAGCGUGAUGAUUUUUUUUCAAAAGAAAAUUUGGUUUUUCAAUUAUUUUUAGGGCUUUUUUUUACGCUGUUGAAAAUUUAAUCACGAAUUCCUAAUCACAUUACCAACAGCUUGUAGAAAAAAAUAUGUUGGUGGGUUAAGUACAUCAAAAGAUAUUCGUGGUAAAGUUCUGCCCAUUCUUGUACAGGGUAAAUUUUGAAAAAGCGCCCCAUAGUAAAGUAAGUCAUAUUCAGGACAAAAUAACCGAUUCGAAGAAUUCUGGAAUUAGGAACUGGACCUAAGCUCAAGAACUAGAUUCAAAACUAAGAACAGACUCAGAAUUCAGUUGGAUUUUAGUGGACUACAAUUUCGAAACUGAAAUCAGUUCCGGAAUCUUUUUCCAGAAUCCAGUUCAACACGCAGGCUCUGAAUUCUAAACCCAUGUUCCGGAACUAAGCUCUGAAGCUUGAAGACGAUUUCUCACCCCGUCUACCAAAAUAAGUUGCCUAGAGUACAGUAAAAUGUCCCAUAAUUCUUUGGGAGUAUUAUUAUGAUUCUAGAAAGAAUCGAACCGAAGAAUUCUAGAAAAUGGAACUGGACUUGAGUUCAAGAACUAAGAGCAGACUCAGAGUCUCGGUUUGAUGACCGGAAAGCGAAUGAGAGUUGCUACCUGAGCGUUUGAAGUUUUAACCACGCAAAAGGUGCGCUCUUCGUCGCUUCUGGUGGAAUGUUUCCUCUAGACUCGAAGACCGGAAGCGAAUGAGACUUGCUACCUGAGCGUUUGAGGUUUUAACCACACAGAAGGUGCACUCUCCGUCGCUGUUGGUUGAUGAUAUCGCUCCCUCGACGACCGGAAAGCAAAUGAUAAAUCAUUCUCACGACGUCUGCUUCCAUCCAACACACAAGAAGAAAUGAUCGAUUUUCAACCACGGUUCCCUUUUUAUACGCAUUCAGAUGAAGAUAUGUGCCUGACUACCUCAAAAUCGUCGUCCUUGCGCGAAAAACCCAAGCAAAAGUAAAGAGUUUUCCGCGUUGUUCUCAAAGUUUUAGAAAACUUAAUUUUUGAGUAGUUUGUGGUUAUCUCACACUGUUCAAAAAAAUAUCCUAAAUUCCUGAUCAUAUUUUUGAUGAAAUGGUGAAAGAAUUAUGUUGUUGCCCUUAAUACAAGUCGAGAUAUUCACGAUUAAGUUCUGUCCAUUUUUCCAUAUGGCUAAUUUUGAAAUGGCACCCCAUAAUAAAGUAAGUCGUAUGCACGACAAAAAUUGCCAUAUUCUUUCGUUGGCUGCCUUACUAUUAUUUGUUUAGGUUAUCGAACUUCCGAGUUCACUAAAGUAGCAUUGUUUUUACUCGUAUACUGUUCAAUCAGUGCUCUUAACUUUUAAUUGCUAAAUCUCCAUCGUACCAAAUAACAUUUUACCAACCCCGCUCAGGUAUAGCACUUUGUACCCAUAUGAAUUUGUUGAACCGGUAAUCAAUCAUGGUGCAGGAUGCUACUCGUUUCAUCACUGGUAAAAAAAAUUUGCGAGCGCUAAUUCAUACUCGACAUUUAGUUUUCAUUCUUCAAACCAAAAAUUUGAAAAAAAAAAACUAUUCUUCAAAUUUGCUGACUUCAAAACUUUUGUAGCACUAAGUCUCUUUCAAUGCGACUUGUUUUGCGCGAAUUUUCGGAGUUAUUCGGUAUUUUUUGCGAACUCCUUGUUUCGUUUUUGUGUUACUUCGAAAAAAAAAUUAAGUCUCUCUGAGACAGAGAAUUUUUUUUCGUGGUAACACCAGAUCAUUCCUGCAUUAUCGACAAUUUUAAAGUCGAUAUUUUCCGAUUAAUAUUGAUUCAAUAAUUGAUAAACAUACUUUGUCAGAUAUUAUGCCCUUAAGUUAUUAAAAUCGGUAUUAACAGUGUUGUUUCUCGUAGUGUACGGUGAAUCAGUUUUUGAAGAAAAUACGCAUGAAAUGCAAGAAAUUAAAAUUUUUCACAUCAUCACCGGUAAAGGGGUUGUUCACUUCUUACUAUUGUUGAAUCCAAAAUGCAAAUUAAUAACAAAUGUUUGACAAAUUUGCGCCAUUCAAAAAAUUCCAAAACAGGACUCAAAUGCGUUUAAAAUUUACACUUAUUACACUAAAACACACCGGCUCUACGCCAAAUUAUACAAUGCGCUUCAUAUAACACAAUUUUUCGUCAGUUGACGCACUAGAAUCGACUAUGCCUGCUGCUAGACCCAGAAACAUGUAGAUCAAAAUUGCUUCCUGUAUUACAUUGUACAUUAGACACAUCUCCUUCGAUAGACUGAAUUUGAGUACAGUAAACGGAUAUUGCAUUCUUUAUCUAUCGAGAAACCCUCUAUGAAUACCAAUUGGAAUACUAACUUGAGUGCCAUGAAACUUAUUAUCCUAUUUGUGACUAAGAAGUGCUUCUAGACCAGCCUCGGAAGGUUCUAUACCGUUAUAUGCAGGAAUUGUCAUAUAACGAAAAAAUGUGUUAGGUUGUCAGUUAUUCCGAACAAAGUCGACUUUCUUCAUUGGAAAUUCUUUGCAUUCCUUCCUGGUGUAUAUAGAGAUCAGUCUACCAAUUCACGAGCUAUAGAAUAAUUAUAGAAAUACCCAAAAAAAUAACGACAACAUGAAAGAUAUACCUAGUAAAGUAAUACUUUCAUACUGUAAAAAAAAAUUAUAUUCAUACUAUGUAUGAAUACAUACAGUGUAGGCAACAUGAAGAAUAUUCAAACAAAUCUGAAAGAAGACAGCUUGUAAAUAGAAAUAAAACAAAAAAUUGUAUACCUAAACCCUGCUCGACUAUGUAAAUAAAAUCGUAUUUAAUGUUUUAGAAA